CGUCGCGUCGCUUCAAAAACGGUCUUCAGGAGUCAGGACACGAAGUACCUACUCGUAAAAAUUUUCCUCGUGCGAUCGUCGCGUCAUGCGUAAUGGAAAGUAAUCAAUAAUAUCCGCCGUGAUGCCGUGAUAGCCGCCGAAGUGCCGAACGUCACCAUCAUAACGUCAGUUCGGCACGUUAUUUUCAAUCGCCCCGCCGUUCCCAGAAGACGCGCGAUGGCUGCCCCACCGUUCACCCGACCUCUGCUCCUCCUUGUCGCUCUCGCCGCAUCGCUGCCAGCCUUGGGCGACACCGCCUCCGCGCACAUCCACACGCAUCAGCACAACAAAGUCGACAGCAAUGAGAGGACGGAGGACGGUGCUUUCAGCCCCCGGGAUGCCGACCACUACACGGAGGGCGAGCAUCACCAGGAGUUCGAUCAUGAAGCCAUCCUAGGAAGCGUAAAGGAAGCUGAAGAAUUUGACAGACUUCCAAUAGAAGAAUCAAAGAGGCGACUAGGGAUUUUACUGACCAAAAUGGAUCUGAAUAAGGACAAGUAUAUAGAGAGGAACGAGUUAAAAGCUUGGAUCUUGCGUUCAUUUAGCAUGCUGUCGGCAGAAGAAUCUGAGGAUCGCUUGGAUGAUGCUGAUACGAAUGAAGAUGGUAAAGUGAGCUGGGACGAAAUUCUGCAAGACACUUACGGCAGCGAUCCCGAAGAUCUGGCUCUUGACGAUAAGUUGAUCCAAGAUGACAAGCAGACAUUCGAGGCUGCCGAUUUGAACCAAGACGGUUAUUUAGAUGCAGAGGAGUUCAAAGCUUAUACACAUCCUGAGGAGACACCUAGAAUGUUUCCACUCUUGUUGAAGCAAGCCUUGGCUGACAAAGAUAUAGAUGGAGAUGGAUACGUUAGUUUCCAGGAGUUUAUUGGUGACAGAGCCAAGUCAAAAGAUAAGGAAUGGCUGCUGAGUGAAAAGGACAAAUUUGACUUUGAACAUGACAAGAAUAGAGACGGCAGACUCGAUGCGGACGAAAUUCUUUCUUGGCUCGUCCCAAGUAAUGAAGAAAUAGCAAACGACGAAGUGGAUCAUUUGUUUGCGGGUUCAGAUGACGAUCACGAUAAUAGAUUAUCCUACGACGAGAUCUUGGAUCAUCACGAUGCUUUCGUAGGUAGCGAAGCGACGGACUAUGGUGAUCAUUUGCAAGAGAUCGAACGUUUUAAUGAUGAGCUCUGAAAAUCAGCGAUCAGUUUGAUUUGAUAAUACUGUGUUAUCUUUCAUAAUACUCAUUCGAGAUAUGUAUGAUUGCAAAUAUUUUUAAUACACUGCUCAAGACAAUAACAAGACCAUUUUUUUAAAGAAUUCUAUAAAGUAUCUACAUUUGGAUCCAAAACGCUUAAAAUAUUAUGUUUGUAUAAAUGUGUUUAUUGGACCUCAAAAUCAUGAAAAAUAUAUUCAAAAACUACUAGAUUUGCUAGAACUAGAUCAUAAAUUUAUUAGAGGAAAUGUUCUACUAAUUGUUUUGAGCAGUAUAUUUAUCAAUAUUUUUUCUUCAUCUCUCUUUCAAGCCUUAUCUUUAAUCUAUCCAGUCAUUAGAAUAAAUUUUUUUUAAGCGACAAAUUGCACAUACAGAACUAACGAAAUUUACACAUCUUGUACAUUCACGACGAUUCGUAACGUACGAACCAUCGUCUUCCACUUUUUAUCAAACAUGAGUGCCAUAAUAGAGAAUGUGGGAAGAAAAAUAUAUUAAAGCAACACACACAAAAGUAAUACUUCUCAUUGUAAUUACAUAUAGUGCGUCAUUAAGUUUGAAUUGCAUCAAUGUGUUAUACUGUAUAUAUAUAAUGUAAUACACACACACACAUAUAUAACAUUUUACAUAUGUAUGUAGUAUGUAUCGUAUAUAGCACUAUUUUUUCUUGAUUUUGCGACAAAUUAAGAUGAUUUCAGUGUAGAUGAUAUUAAACGAAUGUGUACAUUAUUCUUAUAAAACAAGUCUUCGACAAAUAAUAUACGCAUUGAUUAAUUGUAAUAAAAUAUUUUAACAAUUU